AUGCGCAUUGGUUAUUCAUACAUCCCACCCUCUCACGUCAACAGACAUCCAAUUAUCUUGGACUGGUUUGCCGAUGAUCAUGUUGGUUUUACUGCGAUCGAAGACACACAUAUCAAAGUCACAUAUGUGCAAGAACCCUCUGACGUGGGGUACUCGCAUCAUUCUGUAUAUUUGAACACACGUGUGUAUCCUGGAAUAUCAGUAAGAUUUUCUGGACUUGUAGGAGGUUACCAAGAUUUAUUGUGCACAUUGCAGUCGAACCAGUUUGUUGUGCCCAACGGCUGGAGAGCAAAGGUCACUGAUCCUAUCGCAAAUCUGGCACACAAUUUCUUCCUUAAUCCUGAGCCUCAUCUCAGGAAUAUUCUUUUGGAUCCUGUUGUUCAAAGUCCUGCUCCUGCCCACCCUGUUGUCGGUUAUACCUCUCUCAGUCCAGUGGCCACUUUGUUCACCUCAGAUGCUGCAUCUCUCUUCAGUAACUCGGAUAUCUUCUCAAUAAGUGAGAACAAUUGGAUGAACCCUGCUCCGGUUUCACCUGCAGCAUCAUCCAUCCCUCUAAUGCUUCCGCCAUAUGACAAACCGGCCAUACAUGUGAACACCACAUUGCUCCCAUAUGGUUCUGUCAUUGGCAUCCAGAGACUACCUGUCUUUAUCGGCUGCAAUCUGCAGGUCUUUACGGAAGGCAUAUCUUAUACAUCAAAUUACCUGAAGAGUCACUUUACUGCUGCAUGGACAAUUAUAUCCAAUGCCAGGCUCAUGGGCAGAAAUUACCUGACUAUCAACAUCCAAGGUAGUGAGGCUGCAUUCAAGUCAUACUGUGUACAGGUGAUCACUGAAAUGCAGACUAUCGGUAAUGCUUCUCCUCAGCCCCCGGAGUCUGGACUCCAAUGCCAUGAAACCGGUGAGACUGAAAUUUUGAACCUCCUGCAUCCAGAUAUCAUUGAAAUAUUAUAUGCCAAACGGUCUGCAUUUAUAAAAUCAAUGAGGACUUGUGCCCAGAGUUUCGUCGAAGAGCCAAAGAAAACCUGUUUGGGCGGAUUUUCUUUGAAGACCAAAACAUCUGAGGAGGCUAAAGCACUUAUCCAGCAUCUUACCAAUAUGACAGAUUGGAGUAGUGAUGUCACAUCCAUCGCUUUUAUGUUUGACAGCAACUUUAACCCAUACCACAAUAAGGCCUUGUUGGCAAUGCUUGCGCAUCGGAUUAUCCGACCCAUCCAUGGCUGUGUAGAGUCACUUCUUACUCUCUUCCCUGAGUCCUACACGUCCAUUCCAAAACACCUCAUUUCCAGAAUAUGUGCUCUGGCACUGAUGAGCGAUCCAUGGAGUUGGAACAUUGGCUUACCACACGUAGUGGCCCUGAUGGUUAGGAAACAGCACUUUCAACUUCUAGAGGCUACUGGUCAAUAUAUUAGCCUUUGGCAUGAGACACCAAUGAACAACAUAGUAGUCUUCAUUUUACUUUCAGGCGACGGCUUCUGGGGUGCCGAGGAUAUGAAUGCAGUUCUCGCAGCUGAUGGUGGAGGUGACACUCCCCAUUGUUGUCGGUGUACUAUGGCUAGCAUUGGGCGCAUGGUUCGCCUAGGCUGGUUUGGGGAACUUCCAGGAUACUCCAGUGAAGCUAUAUACCCACAAGCCCUGAUGUAUGGAGGCUAUGUUUCUGAUGAAUAUUGGUUGCUCGAGGUUUGGGAUGACUAUGACUUUUUUUUUGAGGUUGUUGUCAAUGAUAUCAAUGGCAUUGAUGUCAACAACUCUCCAACGCCUGACAUAGGCUCUCUAUCUCUCAAUCCUCACCUCCAUGACAAUUACAAUGGUGACAACAGGCAACAGUAUCAGUUCAGCACAAAUCAGCAACUUUCAGGCCAGUUUAAUCCUCUAGGUGGUAUGACGCCAUCCCCUCUCAAGAUGAAACCCACCCAUGCUGGUCUUCCCACCCACCUGAAUUCCAUACCUGAUAUCAACACUCUUUCGUCAUCUACAGUAUUUCCCUCCUCGACUGUCUGGAUCCAAUCACUUUCCUAUGCUAGCCUCACAUUCAGCAUCUUGGCCGCAUUUGGAGCUGUCUUGGGUAAACAGUGGCUUAACUCAUACAAGGGGCUGACUGUGGUGAUAUCUCCUCUCAUUGCUUUGAUGAAGGAUCAGGUCGAUGCUCUAGUCGAUCAUGGGGUGAAAGCUGCAAACCUGGACAGCAUAUUGGGUGCAGAAUGGGCAGCCUGGGUCAAACAAGAGGUUGUAUCAGGGCAUCUAAAACUGCUUUAUGUGGCUCCUGAAAGGCUGAAUAAUGAAGGAUUCAUUGCGAUGAUGAGUCAUGUCAAAAUCUCACUGCUAGCUAUUGACGAGUCGCAUUGUAUCUUGCAGUGGGGUGCAAGCUUUCAGCCCGAGUAUUUAAAAAUUGUGCGUUUUGCAGAGGAAAUGGAUGUAGAACAUGUCCUCUGCUUGACGGCAACCACUACUCCAAAUGUGGCAGAAGACAUCUGUAAAUCAUUCUUCAUUGAUACUCAGAAAGUUUUGAAUGCUAGUCUGGCUUUGCAAGUUCAAGUCGCAAAUACUCUGGAUCAAAAACUUGAUACUCUUAUUCCCUUCUUGAAAUCUUGA